AUGGACAGUUAUGAAAACAAACAAUCGAAAGUUGUCCGUUUCUCUGACUCCACAGAGAAGCAAACCAUUCAGUUUGAUAGUAAAGGCAGACCUCUGUAUUCAUCUGGUUUCUUUAUUAAAUACAUAAGUGAGAACAGAAACCUGGAUAUCUGUGUGUCUGACUAUGAUGCCAAAGCAGUAGUAGUGGUUGACCAGGCAGGGAAAUUCCGAUUUAGAUACACUGGUCAUCCUUUUGCUACCAAGAGAUCAUUUCAUCCAGUCGGCAUCACAACAGACAGCCAGAGUCAUAUCUUGACAGCAGACUAUAACAACCACUGUAUCCACAUCCUAGAUCAGGAUGGACGUUCCUUCAACAAAAAUACGUAA